AUGCGCGUGGUGGUGAUGGAUCUGGAGGGCAUCAAACAGGCUAUCCAGGUAGCGCAGUACAACCAGAUCUCCCAGCAGCAAGAAGGUGAAAGUUCAAAAUUCACGCAGUACGGAGUUCCUAGCUACCAGACACGCGUGGUUGGUAUCGAUCUAGAGGGCAUCAAGCAGGCUAUCCAGGUGGCGCAGUACAACCAGAUCUCCCAGCAGCAAGUAGGUGGGUUCGGGGCUACCCAAACGGACCUAGUUCGAGCUACGGCGCACCAUCAGCACCUUCCGGGUCCUACGGUGCUCCAUACUAAAAAAAUGAUCCUGGUCCAGAAGGAAUAA